AUGGCCGUUCCUCUCUUCAUCUUUGCCGCUACCGUAUGCCGCUUUGUCGCUGAUCGCAGGUGUCUUCACACCGAGAUGAUGCCAAUAAGAGACUUUUUCCAGAGCCGCUUCUUCGAGCAACAGUGGAAGAACAAAGUAUCCAUAGCCCAAAUCAGCAUGAUUACUAUUGCUUUCUGUUUGGGCAUCGCCAAGCUAGCCACAAAACCGGGACACAUACCAACGAACAGAUCCGACAUUAUGGUCAUCACAAUGAGCAUCAAGUCAUAUGUGUUUCUUGCCUAUGAGUUUGCAACCCAGAAGAUGGACAAGUUCAGGAGAUUCGGAAGCCAUAAAGCCAACGCGGUCCUCAACACAGUCGACAUAGUGUUUUGGAUGGUAGUAAUGGGUUUAGCAUUCACCGUUGUCAGCCAGAUAUGCGUUGGCGUAAAUUGCGGGAUUGGCAUUCUGGUGGGACUGGCAGCAUUGUUGGUUGCAUUCGUUAACUUCUGGGCUGCUGUCAUUGCCUGGAAAGACCACAGAUACUUCAAGAGCUAUGGCGUGCGACGUGGUCAGAGUGCUCCACAGAUAAAGCGCACUUACACUUCCAGCAACGGGCUUCACCAUCACCAAAGAUAUCACAGUCGAGGGCAGAACCACUGA